AUGACCAGCCAAGGCCCUUUAACAGCCUGGCUCCUAUCCGCCACCCCAGACGCCCUCCAACGCGCAACAACCCACCCCUUCCUCGCCUCCGCCGGCCGCGGCACCCUCCCCAAACAAACGCUCUCCCAAUGGCUCUCGCAAGACCGCCUCUACGCCCAGUCCUACAUCCGCUUCAUCGGGCACCUCCUCACCAAAAUCCGCCUGGACUCCACCUCGACCGCCACCAGCGCGCUCUCCCGACAAGCCGCCAACGUGCUCAUCGACGCGCUCGUGAACAUCCGCACCGAGCUGCUCUUCUUCGAGUCCACUGCCGCAGCCUACGGCCUCGAUCUCACGGCCAUCAGCGCCGAAGACGGCGGCGGGUCGACCGGCAGCACGGCGAUCAAUGCAUCCGCCGGGAUCUCGACAACGGGGUCGGCGUCGUGUCCCGGGACCGGGGGUGGUACAGGCUCAGGCGCAGUUGAGGACCCCGCUGCGACUCCUUCAACGGUGGAGCCCGUGCAGGGUGAAGGGGCCCAGCGGCAUCGGCUGUGUGGAGCGCAGGGGGAGUGCCAGGUGCAGGCCAGGAGUGAGGAAGCGAGGGGCGUGGAAGAUGGGAAGGUGGAUGCUGAUGGGGGCGCUUUGAGAGAGAAGUUUAUUCCCAAUUGGUCGAGUGAUGAGUUUGAAGGAUUUGUGAAUCAGAUUGGAGAUGUGCUGGAUGCACUUGCGGGGCAGAUUAAGGGGGCUGAGGAGAGUGAGCUGAUGAGGGCGAGAUGUCUGGAGUGGUGGAGGCAGGUUGUUUGGCUGGAGGAGCGGUUCUGGCCUCCGAUGGAUUAA